AUUAGUUCGAGAAAAUGAUAAAAGUUUCUUUUAGUUUAGUGGUUGUGAUCGUCGCGAUUUUAAUUUGGUUCAUUCGCGUGGAUGAACCGAUUUCCAAGCACACAGAUCUGGAGAAAUGCCCGUUCUGCUAUGGCCGCGGCUACUGCAAAACGAUGGACAGUUUGCGGUUAAGGUUUGAAUCGUUCGGCGAAUCCGUGAACAAUAUGUUCGGGGUUAAAAACGUUCUCUUUACCAAAGAUGGGGUCGUGCUGAAGAAGCUCGGUCAUGAUAAGGAGAUCGACGAAUUGGAUGCAGUUAUUUGCACCAAUCACGGCUUACUGCGCGGCUGUGAUUUAGGAUCGAUUCAAUCGACAAUCGAUUAUCGGAAAGCGAUUCGACAGUUGCUGAAAGAGUUCGUGGCCAACAUCAAGGUUUGCCCUAAUCCGGAUCUAUUUUUGGAACACGUCGAGUAUUUGAUGGACGAUGAUGCGGAUUUCUAUCAAAAAAUAUGGAUGUUUUUGAUGAUCAAUCCGGAGCCUAUAAUCUUACAGUUAUUGGACGGGACCGGAAAAUCGGCGGUACCCAAAUAUUUUGGAGCAUGCGGCCGAUUGGUGGCUGUGGAGGAUGCCGGAAAACCGUUGAACGAUUUCAAAGAUAGCCGAUGGUUAGAUCGCCUCAAUCUCGCAUUACAACUUCUGUUAGCAGCGAAAAGCCUCACCGAAGAUCAUCCCUACUUCAGGUUCUACUUAACAGAUGUCUCACCAGACAACGUGGCAGUUGACGAUAAUCUGAACUUGAAGAUCAUCGAUUUGGAAAACCUCAUCAUUGUUAAUAAAGAUGAAAGCGGCUUGAAACAUCAUCAUAGCGAGGUGUUCAACUUCGACGGAUUCGCCUAUUCAGAGGAGGAGGUCUGCAGCAGUUCCAUCAGCGACCACAACUAUUACGCAAUCUGUAAAUUACUUAUAUCCAAGAAAGCCGAGUGGCCUAUGAUGAACGGGGGACUUCUGCAUAGCAUUCCCCAGGAAAUAGCUACAGCCCAUCCCGAGUUGGAAACGAUGAUCCAGCUGUGCGUAGAACCUGUCCAGAAUUUUACCAGAUUUGAAGUUGCCGAUGAUCUCAUUGAUUUGUUCCAAGACAUUCUUAACCAAUAAACUUUUAUCGCCUUA